AUGCCUCCGCGCACCUUCAUGAACCCGGCGCCCAAGACCGAGAGUGCCCGCGAAGCCGCCAAGAACUUCUUCUGCGACCUCUGCCAGAAGGGCUACCAGCGCCACAACGAAUAUGAAACCCACAUUGGCUCACACCACCACCUCAGCAUGAGCCGCCUCAAGGACAUGAAGGAAAUGUCCAAAAACCCCCAAGCAGCCGAGAAGGCGCGCCGCGCCGAGCGCGCCCGCGACAAGGAAGCCGGCUUAGUCAAACUCGACAUGUCUGCCAAGACCCCCGCCGCGGGUGGCGGCGGUUUCAAAAAGGGCGGCUUCAAGAGUGCAUUUGCAUCUGCAUCUACUGACGACGCUGCCGGUGCCAAGGCCGCCGGAAGUGGGGGAGGAGGGUUCAAGAAGGUGUUCGCGGCCGUCGGCGGCGGCGGCGGCGAGGACAAGGGCAAGAAGCCGGGAGAAGAAGCUGGCGGUGCGGCGGGCGUGCAGGCUGGUGGACCUGGCGUCGGUGGCGGCGGCGGCGGUGGUGAUGGUGGAUCUGGUGCUGGUGGCAGUAGUGUCGGCGUCGGUGUCAGUGGGACCAACUACGGCGACGACGGCGACGACCACGACUACGCCGGCUCCGAGACGGACUCGGACGCGGAUCUGGGCUACGAGAAGUACGACCCGGCGCGCCCGACGGGCUGCCGCGAUCUCAACUGCGACUGCCACGCCAAGGGCAACAUCUUUCCGCAGACUAUCUUCCCGGAGUGA